GUGAAAGGUGUGUCUGAUUUGAAAAAGCACAAAGCCGCCGAGCAGGAAAAUCUGCUCGUAAAACACCCGCCUGUAGAAACAUUGUAAAGCAGGACACAGAGGCUGGGGGAGCUCGCGAAGGCCUACACUGUAGUUCCCUACGCAGUUUACACCAAAAGCUGCGAAAAUGAGCAAAUUCACGAAACUAUUCAAGGGGGGCGCCAGCUCGAGUUCAUCGAGCUCAUCGAGCUCCUCGAAGUCCAAACACCACCGGUCGCGGGGAGGACCUUCACCCCAAGAGGCCAUUCACAAACUUCGGGAAACCGAAGAAAUGCUGACGAAGAAACAAGACUACCUGGAGAAAAGAAUAGAGCAGGAACUUAUGAUAGCCAAAAAGAAUGGCACAAAAAACAAGCGAGCUGCUCUGCAGGCCUUGAAGAGGAAGAAGCGCCUGGAGCAGCAGCUCACGCAGAUCGAUGGCACGCUCUCCACCAUCGAGUUUCAGAGGGAAGCUUUGGAGAACUCGCACACCAACACAGAGGUCCUGAAGAACAUGGGCUUUGCUGCCAAGGCCAUGAAGCAGGUCCACGAGAACAUGGACAUUAACAAGAUAGAUGAUCUGAUGCAGGAUAUCACAGAGCAACAAGACGUGGCCCGAGAGAUCAGCGAAGCCAUCUCCGGCCCUUUUGGCGAGACUUUCGACGAGGAUGAGCUGAUGGCAGAGCUGGAAGAGCUGGAACAGGAGGAGCUUGAGGACAGCAUGAAGAGUAUGGGCGGACUACCAAGCGUGCCCAGCUCCAAACUGCCUUCAGCACAGCCCGGUCACCGCGCAACAACCAAGAAAAGGGUGGAAGAUGAUGACGACAUGCGCAUGCUGGCAUCGUGGGCAACUUAAGUACAUUAAGGAAACCUAAAUGUACAUAGCCAGAUCUCACACUCUCUCUUUAGCUUUUUAAAUUAUUUCUGAAGGUUAAUAGGGAAAAGAAGCAUUAUAUAUAUUUUUUUUCUUAUUGGCUUGUAAUGGCACUUUGCAGGUUAUAUUUAUCAAGAAAUUUUAAGUGAAGGAAUCAACACACUGUAUUUUAGAUUUAUGUUCAUGUAUCUUUGUUUUCCUUUAUUUACCGUAAUCAUUCUUAUCUAGCCUGUGUAUAGAUGCACUGCUUUCAUAGGCCUUAUAAUGACAUAAGGAUAUGACUGCAAUGUUUUAACACAGAGCAGAAUGCUUAACUGUAUUGGCUGUAAAUAAAGUCUGAUUUGGCAUUAAUGUUUUAAAAAUAUUGCUUACUUGCAUCAACGUUUAACAAUAAAACAGUCCCCAAGUGUCUAA